AUGGACAGUCGCAACAGUUCACGAUCUGCUUCCAACCCCUCCUUGCAGCGUACCGCCUAUCUGGACCUCAUCUCAACCCUCGUUUCACCCAAGUCAUUUCUCACUCACUCGCAGCGGCCUAAACCGCCACCGCCAUCAUAUCACCCCCAACCAUCGGUCGCACAGGAAACCUUCACCACCGCGUCGCCAGCAAUGGACAAGCAACAGCCUAGCUCUUUCCAGCAGCUGGAGAAGCUUGGAGAGGGUACCUAUGCUACCGUUUUCAAAGGACGAAACCGCCAAACCGGUGAGCUGGUUGCACUAAAGGAGAUCCAUCUAGACUCCGAAGAAGGAACGCCAUCGACCGCGAUUCGCGAAAUCUCUUUGAUGAAAGAGCUCAAACAUGAAAGUAUUGUUUCGCUUUACGAUGUGAUCCACACAGAGAACAAGCUGAUGCUUGUCUUCGAAUACAUGGAUAAGGAUCUCAAGAAGUACAUGGAUACCCGGGGCGAUCGGGGUCAACUGGACCAGGCAACCAUCAAGUCGUUCAUGCAUCAGCUCUUGAAGGGCAUUGCUUUCUGCCAUGAAAACCGGGUUCUGCAUCGUGAUUUAAAACCCCAGAACCUUCUUAUCAAUAAGAAAGGACAGUUGAAACUUGGGGAUUUUGGCCUGGCCCGUGCUUUUGGCAUUCCCGUCAACACUUUCUCCAACGAGGUUGUGACGCUGUGGUACCGUGCCCCAGACGUCUUGCUAGGCAGUAGAACCUACAACACAAGCAUUGAUAUCUGGUCGGCUGGCUGUAUCAUGGCAGAACUCUACACCGGUCGGCCCCUGUUCCCUGGCACUACCAAUGAAGAUCAACUCCAAAAGAUUUUCCGUCUUAUGGGCACACCUUCGGAGCGCUCAUGGCCCGGCAUCUCUCAACUGCCGGAGUACAAGUCGAAUUUCCACGUGUAUGCAACCCAAGAUCUUGGCCUGAUUCUCCCCCAGAUCGAUCCUCUGGGGCUGGAUCUGUUGAAUCGGAUGCUUCAGCUCCGUCCCGAGAUGCGCAUCAGUGCCCACGACGCCCUGCAACAUCCUUGGUUCCACGAUCUCCCUCAGUUGCAGGCGCAGCUGCAGCAACAGCAGCAGCAACAGCAACAGCAACAGAUGUCCGGGGCAUAUGGCGGGAUGGUCCCUCCCCAGCAAGCGUAUUAG